UGUGUUAAGGGCUUACAGCACUGUCCUCGAGUACAGCCAGUACAACAGCACGUUUUAAUGGUUGCGUUGCCGUAUCACCAGCACCGUGCCACUCAGGAACACGGAUCUCUAUCCAUAGCGUGCCUCAGCCAGCUCUCCGCAGCUCCUGCUUCCCGCGUGUGUCCGCAGCCGGCGCCGCUGCCAUGGUGAACGAGGAGCACAGCGGCGCCCUGCUGCUGCAGCUGGGGCCCGGCCUGCGGGCCCGCCCCGAGGAGCUGCUCCGGCAGCGGCGGGGCCCCGGCGGCCGCCCGGAGUUCCUGGUGCGCUGGAGCGUGCUCGGCCCGGAGCGGAGAGCGGCGGGAGGCGCCUCCUGCGCGGAGGGCGAGGCCGAGAGCAUCUCGCUGUGGAUGUCGGCGGAGGAGGUCGGCGCCGCCUGCCCCGCGCUGCCCGCCCCGAGGGCGCCGGGACGGCAGCGGGAGGCGCCCGGCGCGGGCGUCCCGCCGGACCGAGCCUGGCGCCUGGAGAUGGAGGCCGACGUGCGGGGCCUGGUGCGGCGGGCCCGGCGCCAGCUGGCCGAGGCCGGGCCGCCCGAGGGCUCCGUGCUGAGCACGCUGCGGGUGCUGGGCGCCUACGCCGGCAUCGGCUCCCUGGCGGGCGCCUUCGCGGAGCCGGGAGCCCUGGAGCUGCUGACGGCCUCGCUGCGCCACCGGGAGAGGCGGAUCCGCCGCGGCGCCGCCGAGAUGCUGCGAGCGCUGGGCGCGCACGGGGCAGGGGCCCGUGUGCUGCUGUCCCUGAUCCAGCAGGAUGGCAUUGAGCAGCACAUGGACUUUGAGAGCCGCUGCACCUUGCUGGAGCUGUUUGCUGAGGUCACAUCCCCUGCAGAGCACCGCCUGUCCUUCGAGGGGAUUCACCUCCCGCAGAUCCCCGGGAAGCAGCUGCUGGUGCUGGUGAAGCGCUACCUGCGCGUAACUUCUCUGCUGGACAGGCUGAGCGGUGGCGCAGAGCAGGGAGAGGAGCAGCAGGGCUGUGCCGUGCCCAGCACCGUCCCUGAGGAGAGCAGCCCUGUGCAGCAGGAGUUUGAGUUCAGCAUGGCCAUGGCAAACCUCAUCUCGGAGCUGGUGCACGCCAUGGGCUGGAGCCACCGGCACGGGGCAGAGCUGCGGCCGUGCCCCGCGCGCUCCAUCUUCCAGCACCAGGGCCCGGCUGGCCCUGCUGCCGAAGCAGCCCCCGCACCCCCGGCAAAGGAGCCCGUGAGCUUCAAGACGCGCUCGGCCUUCCCGAGCCGCAGCAGCUACGUGGAGUACGUGCAGGCCACGCUGGCGAGCGGCAUGAGGGUGCGCAUGCUCGAGGACUACGAGCAGGUCAGCGCCGGCGAUGAGGGCGAGUUCCGCCGCAGCAACGACGGCAUGCCCCCGGUGCAGGUGUACUGGCAAGCUCUGGGCUGUACGUACUGGGUUCACUGGCACAUGGUUGAGAUCAUUGGCCCUGCAGAGCAAAAGGAGCUGGAGGGCCAGGAGAAGGUGAACACCCUGACACGAAACCACAGACUGAGAGCAGCUCCACGGCCGUUCCUGCGCAGGCCCCGGGGCGGGCUGUACUCCCUGCCCUACCUGGGGCAGCCGCUGCCUGGGGCUGCGGAGGCGCUGAGCCGCGCCGAGUGGUGGGAGCUGCUCUUCUUUGUGAGGAAGCUGCAGGCACAGGAGCAGCAGGAGAUCGCCCGUCUCAUCCAGCAGCACCGGGGAGAGCAGGUGGACGAGGAGGCGCUGCCGGAGCUGUCGGUGCCCGCGGAGCUGGCCCGGAAGGUGCUGCGGGCGCUGGAGCAGCGGUGCCAGGGCCGCUCUCUGCGGGAGCUGCGCGGCUCCCGCGUCUACGCCCGGCUCUUCCCCGCUCGGGGCCCGGAGCGGGGCGGCGCAGGGAGCGCGGCGGCGCCCUCGGAGGGCGGCAGCGGCCCCGAGGGCGCCACGGCCGAGGCGGCGGAGGGAGAGCGCUCUGCGGCCCCGGGGCCGGCCCAGGCCCGCGGCGCGGCGGUGCGCUCGGACUCGCAGCUCUUCAGCGAGCUCCUGGAGAGGGAAGGGCUGCUCCUGCCGGAGGCGUCGGAGGAGCAGGGCCAGGUGCUGGGCAGCUCCGAGGGCCCGAGUGAGGGCGGCUCGCUGGCCGAGAUUGCGGCUCUGCUGGACGGGAUCCAGAGCAGCAGCUCGGCGCUGGGGCUGCGCUUGGCUGGGCUCAGGCGCAUCCUGAAGGUGCUGGAGGAGGAGCCGCAGUGGGAGCAGCAAGUGGGCACAGCCCAGGGCGGGCUGGGCAGCGGCGGUGCCGGGGAGAAGCUGGUGCAGGUGGCCGUGGAGCUGCUGAGCUCGGAGGCGGCAGAGAAGGCGCUGGUGGCGGUGACGCUGCGGCUGCUGGCCGUGCUGCUGCUGGCCCGCCGCGAGUGGCGGGUGCCCUUCGCCACGGCGGGCGGCGUGCGGGCCGCGCUGGCCCGCAUGCGGCAGCACGGCCGCUCGGCGCUGGUGCAGCAGGCCGGGCUGGCGGCCCUGAAGGUGCUGCUGGGAGCGGCGGACGCCGAGGCGGGAGGCGCCGGCGGGACGCGCUCGCCCUGGAGCCGCGGCGACGCGCAGAUGAUGCGGGAGAUCUUUGCCAGCAUCGGCUCUGCCUCCGGCGAGGGCUGCGCCGGCCUGCUGAGCAGCAUCCCUGCGGCCCUGAGCACCGUGCAGAGGGUCCCAGGGGGCUCAUCGGCGGUGCAGAACGGGCUGCUGGUGGUGAACGCGCUGGUGGACGGGCACCGGGGCCUGGCGGAGCAGCUGGCGAGCGCCGAUCUGCUGGCGGUGCUGCAGAGCUGCUGGAGGGCCGGGCCGAGCGGCGCCUGCCCGCGGGCAGGGCUGGCCCUCAGCGCCCUCAAUCGCCUGGCGGAGCACGGGCUGCCCCCGGGCCCGGAGGCGGCAGCAGGCAGAGAGGUCCCGUUGGACCCGGAGGGCGUGCGGGAGCUGCUGGGUGCCCUGGGCGAUGGCAGCCUGUCCAAGGAGGUGCUGGUGGCCCUGGAGCGGCAGCUCUGCGGCCCAGGCCCUGUCCCCUCUGGGCAGGGGGCGCAGCUGCUGCGGGACCGCGGCUGCUUCCAGCUGCUGCUGCGGGGCCUGGAGCUGCUGGGCUCGGAGAGGGCCGCGAGCCUGAGCAUCCUCAGGAUCCUGAACAAGUUCCUGGACAGUUACGAGGAGGAUGUACUGCCUUGGCACGAGUGCGUGGAGCCCUGCGUGUCCCUGCUGAGCAGCCACAGCAGCAGCUGGGAGGUGCUGCAGGAGGUUGUUGGCUUCCUGCACCGCCUGGGCAGCGCCAGCAAGGACUGUGUGGUGGUGAUGUGCCACGUGGGUGCCCACGAGGCGCUGUCCAGAGCCCUGGAAAAGCACAGCACGGUCCCGCCGCCGGCGCCGGCCCUGCUCGAGCUGCUGGCAGAGUGUGAGAGGUACGCCGGGCUCUACAAGGAGCUGAGCAGCAGCGUCCUGGCCGGCUGCAUCCAGCUGGUGCUGGGGCAGAUCGAGGAGCACCGCCGCAGGCAGCAGCCCAUCUGCAUCCCCUUCUUCGAUGUCUUCCUGCACAACCUGUGCAGAGGCUCCAGCACGGAGGUGAAGGAGGACAAGUGCUGGGAGAAGGUGCAGGUCUCGUCCAACCCCCAGCAGGCCGGCAGGCUCACGGACAGGAACCCCAGGACCUACUGGGAGUCCAACGGCAGCAGCGGCUCCCACUGCAUCACCGUGCACCUGCAGGCUGGGGUGGUGAUCAGGGAGCUGAGCAUGCUGGUGGCCAGCGAGGACUCCAGCUACAUGCCAUCCCGGGUGGUGGUGCUGGGCGGGGACAGCCCUGCCACCAUCAGGACGGAGCUCAAUGCGGUGAGCAUCCUGCCCUCGGACAGCAGAGUGGUGCUGCUGGAGAACAUGAGCCGUUUCUGGCCCGUGGUGCAGAUCCGGGUGAAGCGGUGCCAGCAGGGCGGCAUCGACACACGCGUGCGUGGCAUCGAGGUGCUGGGGCCCAAGCCCACCCUGUGGCCCCUGUUCAGGGAGCAGCUGUGCCGGCGCACGCUCCUGUCCUGCGCCGCUCGCGCCCACGCCUGGAGCCACGAGAUCCGCCGGGACCGGGGCCAGCUGCUGCAGCUCUUUGGCAGGCUGAACGGGGCGCUGCAGCACGAGCAGGCCUUCGCCAGCCGCUUCCUUCCCGACGCCGAGGCAGCGCGGGCGCUGGGCAGGACGUUCUGGGAGGCCCUGGUGACGCCCCUGGUGCAGAGCAUCACCAGCCCAGGCCCCGCUGGUGUCAGCGCCCUGGCGUGGCUGCUGAGCGAGUACCUGGAGAGCGAGGAGCUGCCGGGCCGUGCCGCGGGCCGCGGGGCCGCCCUCGGGCCCAGCGUGCGCCGCCUCACCCGGCUCCUGGUGCACGUGGACCCCGGCGGCGCCGAGGCGGAGCAGAGCCGAGCAGCAGCCGGUGGGAAGGAGGGCAAGAACAAGGAGGAGCUGGCCAGGAGUGCACAGGCGGCGGUGGAGCAGUCGAGCGGCCUGUGGGGAAUCUCGCAGUGCUGGCGGGGCGUGGUGCAGCAGCAGGUGCAGCGGUUCCUGCAGGCGGCGGGGCAGGCACCGGACCUCGCGGAGCGCUACUGCCGGCUGUACCAGCGCCUGCGCAGGGCCACGGAGGAGCUCUUUGGCCAGCAGGCCGCCUUCGUGCUGGCCCUGGGCCAGGGCUUUGCGGGGGCUCUGCUGCAGCUCUCCUUCCUGGCCGCCCUGCAUGUGAGCGAGCAGUUUGCGCGCUACCUCGACGUGCAGAUCCGGGAGCUGCGCGGGGCCGCGGGCGGCGCGGGGCCUCCGGAGCGGCUGCAGCGGUUCCUGGAGCCCUUUGUGGUCUUCAGCGGCCUGGAGCUGGCCCACAGCUUUGAGCACUUCUACAGGCUCUACCUGGGGGACCGGCUGCUGGCACAGGGGCCCUCGUGGCUGGAAGGAGGCGUCGUGGAGCAGUUGGGGCUCUGCUUCCCCAGCCGCUUUCCCCAGGGGAUGCUGAGCGACCUGGCCGAGUCGGAGGAGCUGCAGCGCCAGUUCCGCCUCUUCCAGCUGCAGGAGCGGGACAGGCGGCUGCUGGAGCCGGGCACGGGCCCGGAGGAGGUGCUGGGAACGGCCCCAGAGGGGGCUGUGGUGGCCGAGGUGGCAGUGCUGGCCCUGUCCCCGCGCUGCUGGCCCGUGUCCCCGCUGUGCUACAUGGAGAACCCCGCGAGGAUUUUCCCGGCGGCGCUGAGCUCCCCCCUGGAGGAGUUUGCUGACUUCUGCCGGCAGAGCCAGAGCCAGCCGGGCUGGGAGGGCACCAAGCCCUGCCGGCUGCAGUGGACGUGGCUGGGCCACGCCGAGCUGCAGUUUGGAGACUGCGUGCUGCACGUGUCCACGCUGCAGAUGUGCAUCCUGCUGCGCUUCAACAGCGCCCAGGAGGUGUCUGUGGAGGCCCUGCUGCAGGCCACGGGGCUGCCGGCUGAGCUGCUGCACCACGCGCUGACACCGCUGACCCACGGGCAGGGCGUGCUGCAGGGGAGCUGCACUGCUGGGGGUGCCCUGCGGCUGAACCGGGCAGCGCUGGCGCAGGGCUGUGGGCGCCGGCUGCGGCUGCUGCCCCGGCAGCGGUACCUGCGCACGGAGAGGGCCGAGGUGAGCGCCCUGGAGAGGAAGAGGAACGUGCUGUGCUGCCUCAUUGCCCGCAUCCUCAAGGCCGAGAAGCAGCUGCACGUGGACAGCCUGGUGUUCAGGGUGAUCGACGCCUGCCAGAAGGGAGAGCUGGGGCCUGGUGUGCAGUUCCUGAGCUUCUGCUGCCACAGCGUGGACGUGCUGUCCUGCAUCCUGCACCUGCUGCACCAGGGCUACGUGCGGCGCCAGGAGGGGCGGCCCCAGGUGCUGGAGUACGUCUGUGCUGAGCCCACAGCGCUCCCCAUGUCUCAGGUCCAGCCACAGGUUGCCUUCCAGACUGUAGAGAUCAAGACCGCAGCGAGCCCGGCCUCCGCUGAAAGGAGACAGACUUUCUCCACCUUCAGGUAGACGAGGACCUGUCUGGGAGGGCUCAGGCUGAAUCCAGUCUGUCUCUUCCUAAGCACGUGUGAGUUUUAUAUAAAUAAAUGAACCAACCUUCA